GAUGCCAUGCUCCAUUACAAAAUUCUUAUUUCAUUUUUUUAAAACCAGACAACAAGGAAUAUCAGUAGGGACAGCAAAACGACAAAAAUGGAAUGCAUCACCAUAAAUCAUUUUUAAUUCAUAGAUAUUUUGAAACUUAGAUUCUCAUUUUGAAAAAUGUUUUUUUUUUCUUCUCUUUAACAUGGUAGCAGAUGAGUGCAGUUGGUGUGUGUUAAUGCAACAGAGUCACUGUUUUUAAGACUUUGUAUAAGCCACUUUAAGGGUCAACAAUUUCUUAGCACUAAAGCCAAGAGACCAAAAAGACUAAAACAAUGAUGCACUCAUUCAAGUGUGAUGUGUGACUCAGUCUCUGAUUCCUCUCCAAAUUCAUCCAACUUCCAAGUCAAGGGAAUAUUGUUCCAAGAGGUCAGAAAACAAUGAAUUGUUCAUCAUGGGGGACUUCAGAAUCCAGAAGUUUGAGCUUAGAAGUGGAUUUUCUGCCACAACAAUGCCACAGGAGCAAAACAUUGAGCUUUCAAUUCCAAGAACAGGAUUCAUCUUCGAUUCAUUCGGGUCAAUCUUCUACCGUUGAAAUGUCUGUUCAGCAUAGUUCUAUUGGUUCAACACUUGGCACAACCGAGGGAUGUGUCAUCAGGUCAUUUAUGCAGAAUCAGGAUUUCACCUUCCCUCCUCCACUACUGGAUCAAAGCCAAACACUUGCUCACUAUGCUGAUCCAGGCUAUAGCAAUCUUAUGUCUUCUUCAUAUGGUCCACAAUCCAAGACAGUGGAAGAAACUGCUCCUAUUCGAAUUCCUCUGCAAUUGGACGUUAAAGAAGAACCCAUAUACGUGAAUUCAAAGCAGUACCAUGCUAUUCUGAGAAGAAGACUCUAUCGAGCAAAACUUGAAGUACAAAACAAACCCAUCAAGUAUCGAAAACCUUAUCUUCACGAGUCUCGCCAUCUACAUGCAGUGAAGAGAGCAAGAGGUGCUGGUGGACGCUUUCUCAACACUAAAAAGCUUCAACAAUCAACUCGUAAACAUGGAAAUACUGCAGAAUCGAACAUGCAUCAAAUAGAAAACUACAGAGAUGGUGAUAAUGCAACAUAUGCAUCUAACAGUGGUGCAAGAAAUAUGCAGAAUUAUACAUCUGAUAAGGGUGGUGGUGGCACCACUCAGCACCCUCUUUUUGUCUACAUGUGAAUGACUAAACUGGGUUGUUCUUGGAUUCACCAUUGGGAAGUCAUCCUUGGCUCAUAUUCAUUACGUUGUUGCUGUUUAUUAUUGUGUGUUUUGAUUUUCCUCGACAUUGACAUGGACCUGUUAAAGUUGUUUCAAACUGAUUUGUCAAUAACAGUGUUUUUCUAUGCUGCAA